AUGCCUUAUGAGAUGUAUGCCUUAAAGGAGUGUCGACUGUAUUGUGCAACUCUGAAGAAGCUACACAAGAGCCACUACCGCAUUCCAGUUCCGAAAGAGCUGCCCACAGACCUUGACUCCCUUCGUAACCCCGAGACGUCACACUUAUGGGAGGAUGUUUGGCUAGAACAGUCAGAUGGACACCUGGGUCCGCUUUGGCUCGUUGACGAAAAGGUUCGCCGCGGUAUACGUGCAAUGCUCCAACGCAAGCGAUGUGAAGAGGAGCGAGUCCGACUUCAACUGGAGGCGAGUAAUAUGUGUCGAUGGUUUGGCGAGGAAUUGUUUGCCAUUGAACUGGCAAUGAGGACACCGAGUUAUAUUAGCUAUGCAAGGCUCUUGGAGUUGCGCCGUAACGAGCAUCUCCAUCUUGCAAGAAUCUGGGCUAACCCAGUUGCACCCCGCUCUCAAUUUGACCGUCAAAUAACCCUUGUGGAACGGACACUUCAUUUGAUUCUCCAUCCUCAGCAUCAAGUUACCAGUGUUGCUCCUGACCUAGAACUCCAAGCCACGCCCACGCCCACGCCCACGCCUACACCCACGCCCACACCCACACCCGAUGUUGACGAUGAAGUUCCAGAACCAGACCUGGAAGCCGAUAUUGCGGAAGAUCUGUUACCUGUGGGUCUCAGCGCUCAUUCGGUGUACUGGGCCGAUGUGAUGGGUGACAAUGAAUCAGAAGACGAGCAAUCCUCUGAUGAGUUGUCGGAUGACGAGGCCGAUGUAGAGAUUGGUGAGGUCACCCAGAACCCGCGCAACGCAGAUUGUGAGAGGAACGGGAACGAUAAUGUUCAGUUGCCAAUGGUAUGGAUACUUCCGAUUCCAACUUACUUCAGUUUUUCGAAACCUAUCCGUACCAGACUCAAGGCCGGUCUGAUGCUCCUCGUACAUUCACCUCCGUCACCACCUCAAAAGCAUACGACCUCGGCGAUUUUGAACUCAGGAUGCUCGAUGAGACCCCCUUCAGAAUUUAUUUUCAUCCUCCUCAACGGCACAAGCCUGUGCCUGAAUAACUCCGAAAUUCCCUUGAUCACGACCGUCCCGGACCAACACGGAAAGGUUCACGACUACUUUCUGCGCGACGCACCACCAAAAAGAGGCAAGUCUGCAGCAACCAAUAACAGAGGCGUCAGCAAACAAACAAAGGAGAAGAAACCCCAGAGAGGCACGGCACCAAACUCUCGUCAAACACGCUCGAACGCCAGCGGCAAGAAAAAAGGCACAGUCAGAUUCAAGGACUGUAACGCCGAAGCGGAUGGAGGCGAGGAUGAGCUCGAUUCAGAGCUAUCAUCAGAUGUGGAGCCAGUCAAACCAGGCCAACCAGCACGCAUCACGUCAACACCUACGCCAGGUACGAACAUACAUUGCAACGCCGCUGCCGAGUCCCUCAAGACCUCAAAGCCAAGUAUCACACUCUCUGAGUUUGAGAAUGGUGGAUUUGUACCUCACAGCAAACUCCGCCUAACACCUACUCUGGCAGUGGAAGGGAAUCCUUCCAAUGCUUCCUGUGGUGUCAGUCUUCCCGUCAAGCGCGACCUCAAAGUCUCCACUCUUGGUGAUAGUUCCGUCGCAGUUCAGAAGCACAAGCGUAUGCGCCAAGAAGAUGGAGCGACAUCGAGGCCGGUGGACAAGUCUGAAGUUCCUGCAGGUGUACUGAUUGGUUCAGGCGGCUCGGCAGAUCAUCUACCUCGCAUCCUACUUCCACAAAGCCCCGCUGUGGGUCAAUCUGCUACUCCGGCUAUUGCUCCACCUCAACCUGCUCCGACUAACGCUUCACAAUCUGGUACCCCGGUUAUCGCUCCACGCUCACCGCAACCCACUGCUCCGGUUAUUGCUCCACACCCACCUGCUACGUCGCCAUGGGCUGCCGAGAGUGUUUAUGCGCGGCCGGAUGUAUAUCCCGCAUCGUCUGUUGUCCCACCCGCGGGUACCCAUCCAAAUUCGGUCAAUCCACCCAACAGCCAUCUCUAUGCUCCGUCACUGCCCUUUAUCCAUCCAUCCAACCUCCAAAUCCCACCGGGAAUCACUCCAGAGCAAUACAAUGGGUAUUUGCAAGUAAUGGCAUCCCGUACAUAUCAGCCAGUGCAGGGUAGAUACCCGCCACACCCUGAAGUUCCUUAUCACCAGCCCUUCCACGGUACCUACCCGCCUCAUUUUCCUCAACAGUUUGGCGGCUUUUGGCAGGGAGCUGGGCAGGGAGCUGGGCAGCCGCAUGGAGAUCCGGGCGCCAGUAAACCCCAGUGA